AUGCUCUCGGACGUGGGCACAUCCGGCACGGUUCGGAUGCACCUGAACUACAAGCUGUUCAAGGGCGUCUCGGUGCAGCUUCACGAUGCGCACAAGGCAAAGGAGCAGGCGGCCAAUAUUGCGUCCCCGGCCAGCGUCAAGAAUGUCUGGCCAGUCGAGAUCCACUCCCUGCCCAAGCUCUCUGACCAGCGCUUUGCUGGAGCUGCCACGGCGAAGCGCGACGACACUCUCUUUGCAAGGGAUGGCAGUCCGACCAAGGAUGAUCUCACGACACACGUCAUGACCCAGGUUGACAAGCUGCACGUCAAAGGCAUUACGGGAAAGGGAGUCAAGAUCGCCAUCGUCGACAGCGGGCCCGACAAUGAUCCCAUGGACUGUCUCGGCCACGGCACCCAUGUUUCGGGCAUCGUGGGCGCCAGGCCCAACCCGUAUAACUUCAUGGGGGGCGCGCCGGAUGCCACCUUUGGUAUGUACACGCUGCGGCCAGACAGCCCCUAUCCGCCUUUCUCCCCCAACGAAGUCUUCGACGGGUCUGCCACCCUUAGCCUCUCGGAGACGCGGGUCGUCCUCGACCCAGGCCACCGCAAGACCAUAUCCGUGUCGGCGCAGCAGCCGCAGGGCGCCGACCCGGAGCGGCUCCCCGUCUGGUCGGGCUACAUCGCCAUCAACGGCACGGACGGGACCUACGUGGCCCUGAACACCGACUACUACACCCCCGUGCCGGCCAACACGACCUUCACGCUGCCGGCGCCGGGCAACGUGGCCGACGGCGACGUGCUGCCCGUCCUUAACAUAAUGCUGGCCUUUGGCAGCAAAGAAGAUGCGGUGCGACGUCGUGCCGCUGACGCCGUGCCCGUCGACGGACCCCUCGGCGGCGGCUUCAAGACCAUCGGCCAGCCGCACGCUUUCCCCUACCUGUUCAACCCGCGCGUCACCACCACGUACUUCGUACGAGUGGGAUGGGCUGCUUGA